AUGGAACGCUACGGUUGGCUGCCUUUGGUUCUUGUUUUUCUGCUGAACACCGUUCAAAUUUUUAGUGUGCACCCGGAUGAGUUAUUGGUAGGUAGCAACUUUCAAUUCUGCCUCAAGUCAGAACUUCCAGAGGAUCAAUUUCAAUUUCAGAAACAAUCUGUUCUACGCCAUGGUUUACCGGUGAAACUUCACAAAAUCGUUACUGACGAUGGAUACAUCUUGACAGCUGUCCGGAUACCGAAUCCGGGCAAACCUCCAGUCCUGAUCAUGCAUGGGCUAUUCGGAUGCUCGGCGGACUAUCUGGCAUUAGGAAUGAACUUCUCGUUGGCAGCUCUCGCUUAUAGAAAUGGAUUUGACGUUUGGCUAGGCAACAAUCGAGGCAACACUUUUUCGCGGGAUCACGUAUCGAUGAGCUCGAACCUGAAGCAAUUUUGGCAGUUCAGUUUCCAUGAGAUGGGAGUUUUUGACCUGCCCGCGAUGAUUGAUUUCAUCAGUCGAGUAACUCAGCAUCCAAAGGUUCACUACAUAGGUCAUUCACAAGGUACAACGCAAUUUUUGGUACUGAACAGUCUCCGGCCAGAAUACAACGACAAGUUCUACUCGGUUCACUUGUCGUCUCCAGUAGCCUUCCUAUGGCAUAUGACAUCGCCAGUAACCGAUAUCCUUAACCGUCGUGAGGAACUGGAAGCUGCCGCUAGGGUGAUGAACACUCCGGAACUUGGAAAUCGAGGAGUGGGAACUCCUGUAGACUUGAUGACUCGAGCCGUUCAAUCCGGAUUCAUUCAACCGGAACAGAUCCUAAUGAAUGUUUGGUACUACUUUGGUUAUCAUAAUUCCAUCGAUCGUAAAUUGAUACCGGAGAUAAUGAAGUACAGCCCAGCGGGAGCAUCGAUUCAUCAGCUGAUUCAUUACGCUCAAUUGUACAGAGUUAAGGACUUUCAGCAGUACGACUACGGCAAUCGGGAGAAUAUGCGGCAUUAUGGAGUAAAUCCACCCUCUCUGUAUCCCUUGCAUUAUAUUCGGGUUCCAAUGUCGCUGUAUUACAGUGAUUCAGACCCAAUCAAUCAGCCUGAAGAUGUCGAAGAACUGGUGCGUCGAUUGCCCGGAAUGGUUCGAAGGUACAAGAUCUCGUACUACGGAUGGAACCACAUAGAUUUUUUAUUUGGAUUCAACGCCCACCAUAUUUAUCGGGAAAUUUUGGAAAGUAUGCGAGAUGUGCACCGAAAUACGCGGUAUGGUUGA